UGUUUAUACUGUUAUAAUAUUACUGCAGCUUUGAAAGAGUAUUGAAGUGGGCUUUUCUUUGUUUUCUUUAACACGAGUGUUUGGUUUCUCAAAAUUUCUAGAACCUGCGUCACUUUCUAUGGCGCCUUUCCCCUUUAUAAGAGUCCCGUGCACGAAACCAAGAAGUUAAAUAAUUCUCUAAGAAGGUGCUUUAGAGGGAAGUUAUGGUCUUGGGUUUGUGGAUUCUUACAAAAAAAACCAUAGGUCUCAUCUUGGUAAUCAAGAACAUCCAUGGAAGCAGAUAGGCUGAAACUGUUCAACAAUCUUGUUAGCUCUAAGUUCUUUCUUUCUGGAUUCUAUUGCUGGGACUGGGAAUUCUUGACUGCUCUUUUGCUUUUUAGUUGCUCUGUCUAAAGUGAACUACGCCCCAACAAGGUAAUAUAGGAUUUGUUCUUUAAUUUUUCCUCUUUUUUUUUUUCCAGUACUUACGGCAUAAGUGCACAUAGGAAGGGGGAUCUUCGCUCUUUUCUGGGGUAGAUUAGAUAUAGGUUUUUGGAGAUCUUCGUAGGGGUUUGGUGAGAGGGGUAGAUUUGGAAGAAAUGGCGCAGAGGUCGGCUCCGGCGCCGUUUUUGACGAAGACCUACCAGCUGGUGGAUGAUCCAAGCACUGAUGAUGUGAUAUCAUGGAAUGAAACCGGCACAACCUUUGUUGUGUGGAAAACUGCUGAUUUUGCCAAGGACUUGCUUCCUAACUAUUUCAAACACAACAACUUCUCUAGCUUUGUUCGCCAGCUCAAUACCUAUGGCUUUAGAAAAAUCGUGCCAGACAAAUGGGAAUUCGCCAACGAGAACUUCCGGCGAGGACAGAAGGAGCUCCUCGCUGAGAUCCGCCGCCGAAAGACAGCGGCUGCGUCUCCGACAACCCAAACCUCGCCUGCCGGAAAAUCCGGAGGCGCAUCCUCUUCGUCCAACUCCGGAGAGGACCUGGGGUCCACGUCAACGUCAUCACCGGAUUCGAAGAACCCGGGGUCGGUCGAAACUGCGGCGACACAAGUCGCCGACUUAUCGAUCGAGAACGAGCAGUUGAAGAAAGACAACGACGUCCUGAGCAGUGAACUCGAGCAAGCUAAGAAACAAUGUGGGGAGUUGAUUAAUUUUUUGACGAAGUAUGUCAAGGUGAGCCCUGAUCAAAUCAAUCGCAUCAUUGGAUGUGGUGGGUCCACGUGUAAUGGUGAGGCCGAUGUUGGCGAUAAUCAAAGUGAAGAUGAUGAUGAUGAUGAAAAUACUAGCGAUGAUACUGACCAUGAUGAUACCGAUCAUGAUGGUGACGGUGGGGAAGGGGGGGGCUUGAAAUUGUUUGGGGUUUUGUUGAAGUGUCAAAACAAGAAAAAGAGGGGCCGUGAUGAGAAAAUGGGGCUUGGGGGGGGCCGUGCAAAGGAAAUCAAGAUCUGUAAUUGAAGAAAUCGGUGGUGUGCAUGGUCAAGGAACGUGCGCCGCCUGAAGCUGAUCGUUUUUAGCCGUAAAAGGAGUAGACAGAAGGAUCUACUUCACUGUUAUUAUAAUAGAAGUAGUAGUCUGCGGUUGUAAUUGUGAUUAGUGUAAUAAUAAGGAUGGAAUGGUAAUGUAUAAUCUAGGUGGGGGUUGAAGACCGAAGGAAAAUGGGUCUGCAACCCCCUCUUCUCUUCUUUCAAGUUUGCACUGCGAAGAUGGAUUUUGUCUCUACAUAAUAACCUAAUUUCCUUUGUGAUUAAAAGUGCUGUCAUCAAUGAUUUGAUUGUUA